GAUUUAAAUAAAAAUUUAAUAAUAAAAAUUUUAUUUUUUAAUUUUUAUUAUUUAUUUUAUUUUAUUUAUUUUAUUUAUAUUUAUUGUUAUUUAUAACUUUUUCUUAAUUUUAUAUAUUAAAAAUAAUUAAAUUUAAUAUAUAUAUUAUAUACAUUUUAUAUAUAUUUAUUUAUUUUUUUUUUUUGUUUUUUUUUAUUUUUUUUUUUUAUUUUUUUUUUAUUAUUUUUUUUUUAAAAUCUAUUUUAAUACACAACACAUCAAAAAAAUAAUUUAAUAAUAUACAUAUUGUAUACAAUAAUUUAUGAAUUUAUUAAUAAUAAUAAUUUAUUAAAUAAAAAAAAUAAAUAAAUAAAAAACAAUGAAUUCUGACUUGGGAGAAAUUCUUGUUGAAAUUCAUAACUAUAGAAUUCAACAGCAAAGUUUAAAUAACAGCGUAGAUUUAAAUAAUACAAAUAACAAUGGUGACAAUACGGAUAUAGAAAAUACUCCUGGUGAUGAAAAUAUAACUUUGGAAAAUAUAAAAACGCAAGAAGAGAUAGACACUAACUAUGACCGUGCAUUAAAAUUUUUAAACAAAGGAAUAUUUUGUGAUUUUAUUGUAAUUUUAAUUCCGACAAUAAUAGUAGGUGGAAUGCUAUUGGGCUUUCCAUGGUUUAAAGUAUCAUAUAAUGAUAAAUAUGGUGUUGAAAUUUGCACAAGAAAUAUACAAAUUACAAAACCUACAGAAAGGUAUAACAAAAGUAUAGAGACACAAGAAUCGAUAGAUGCUAGAGAAUUAACUACCAGAAUGAUGUAUGCAUGUUUAUUAUAUUCAGUUUUGGUUUUUUUAGAUUCACUUCUAUUAUUACCAGUGUAUAUCUAUAAGAAAUAUAAAUCGAUCAUUUUUGAAGUAAUAUUGUAUUUAUUAGAAUGGACUUUCAUCAUUGCAAUUCUUUGUACUUUUAAGCGUUUCAAUUUCUAUCCUCAAUCAAUUCAUCUAAAAGGUUGCGAGGGCAGAAAUAUCCAGUAUUCGGAGGUUUCAUUAUUUAUGGGUUUUUAUUUUCUUGUAUUAAGAGUUGUGGUUUUUAAAACUAUCCGAAUAGCUCUAUGUAUAAAAUGUGUGUUUAAUGCAAAUAGAUUAUUGAGAGAAAGCAAUUGGAAGAAGAAAGAGUUUUAAAGAAAAGAGCAGAAUCCUUAAACUUAAUUGUAUAUGAAUCAUCAUUAAACCAAAGUAUCGAUAAUAAUCUUACAACUUCACAAAUUAUAAAAAAUAUUAAAUAAAAAUUUAAUUUAUAUAACU